AACACCAAAGAUUGGAUACAUUAUACACGCACCUUGAAAAGAUAACUUGUCCACGUCACGGAUCCGGGUGCUCUGUAGAAGUAGCCGUUAAUAAUUCCAGGCAGGAAAUUAAAGCUUACCACAAGAUACAGGACUGCUAAUCUGUACGUAGAAAGAAACACAGGCGCGCAAACAGAUUUAGAAGAAAACACAUCUGGCGCCCGGUGCUGAAUUCAUAGUCAGGAAUGGAAAGGCAAUACUCCUGGGACUUUAAAAGGGGAUGCUAGGCGCCAAGUUUGUCACCAGGCAUUGCCGGAUCAUCUAUCGCCAGCCCUCCUCUCCUACACUUUCUGUUCAGGUUGCAAAUUCGUCUUCUAAUUAUCUUUCGUUGGGUAGUGGAUAGUGAUCGUAGUAGUGACAGUUUCGGUUGGAUUUGAUGCAGGAUCCUCGUUUCUUGAUCGAAACUUUUGUAGAUGGCUGACAAACAGAACAACAAGGGGAAGGAGAAGAUGCGCUGCUCGGAGUCGCUGUCCGACGAUUCAGAUUCAGAUUCAGUACGGCCCUGCAAGAGGCCCCGGCGGGCGGCUCCAGAGACCACCCCGGAGCAGCAGAGCGCACAGGGUUCGUUGAAAAUCAGGGAUCGAAAGGGAUGGCAGCAUGGUACCAUCAUUGACGGAAACAGAAACUGGCAGUGCAAGUACUGCCCCAUGGUUGGGCGCAGCGGCGGCGUCACCAGCCUCAAGCAUCAUGUUGCUGGUGGCAGCAGCAGGGUAAGGGCCUGCCCAUCUGCUCCUAAACAUGUCGCCAACGAGGUGAGACGUUGGCUGGACAGGACGAGGCGGAAACCGCGAAAGUGGACUGCAAGAAAAGGGACUGCUGUGCAGCCGGCUGUGGCCACGACCACUGACCCCAACAACUCUGUACCCAGCGGUUCGACAGAUAAUGAGGAAGGCAGUGCCUUCCCCUCACCCGCAUCUUUCAUGACACGUCUCGUGGACAUGAUGCUUGCUGCCGCAGAGGUGCUGAGCAAGGAGGAGCAGGCGAAGGACUCUGAAAAGAAGCCAUGAGGAAGCAGGAAGAUUGGUGGAGGUGUAAUUUUUUUUUUGUUACCUUAAUCUAUGCGAGUUCAAAUUUUAUUUUAAGUACUAUACUUGUUAAUGU